CGUCCUGUCCAGCGGCUCCGUUGCCUACGUCAACACAUUUCACCGAAUGCGAUGGAACUUCGUGGAAAACCGUGAAUGUGGUCUCCAGAAACACCGCCAGAGACAGGUGCAAAAUGAGGGAAGCCGCUCUCCUGCUCGCAUCGUGCCUGGUUCUGUGUCUCCUCCUGAGCUUCAGCCAGGCAGCCAGGCAAGGACAGGACAUCAGAUGUGGAGCCUGCAGGGCUCUGGUAGAUGAGAUGGAGUGGGCCAUCUCCCAGAUAGAUCCAAAGAAAAUGAUCCAGACUGGAUCGUUCAGGAUCAACCCGGACGGCAGCCAGUCCAUCAGAGAGGUUCCUCUGGCUCGCUCGGAGGGAAACCUCCUGGAGCUGAUGGAGAGUGUGUGUGAGAGGAUGGAGGACUAUGGUGAGAAAACAGAUUCUUCAACAAACAGGAAGUCCUACAUUAGGAUCAAAUCUCGAAGCGGUGAGGCCAUGGACCUCUCGGAAGCCAUGUUGGAUUCAAGAGUAACAGCCAGUUUAAAAUUUGCAUGUGAAACAAUUGUUGAGCAGCAUGAAGAUGAAAUCAUUGAAUUCUUCGCUCAUGAGACAGAGAAUGUUAAAGACAAACUCUGCAGCAAGAGGACAGACCUCUGUGACCAUGCUCUGAAAAUGCCUCAUGACGAACUUUGAUACCACCUCACCAUGGCUGCUGUCUCUCCUCAGCUGAAACGGAGACACUGGGUGCUGUAAUGAUUUCAAUUUUCACUUGUCACAGAUUUACACUAUGGCAGUGGUGGAAGAUGUAUACAAAUCCUCAAAAUCUGUAAAACAAAAUGGAAAAUUCACCUUAAAAAAUGUUAUUCCUGUGAGCAUGGACAGUUUAGGGACCAGAUUUCCAAUUUUAGCCACAUCUCUUUGGAGUAUCUUGUCACUUGUAAGUUAUUACACAGGUUUCUGUUUCUCAUAUGAAGGCUCUUGUCUUGGCUUCACCACAUAAAUCUGAAACUGUGAAACUGCAAAAAUGAAGUUAGACUUCAAAGUUGAUACAGGAUUUCAUCCAGAAUUAAUUGUGUCUAUACAUUAAGAAUUCUGCUUUAAGACAAGAGGUCAGGUUGAAAAUUGGUAUUUUUGCUUAAAAAAAUGUCAUUUUCGAUUUUCCUUUACUGAAAAAGUCUCUCCCAAAGCUACACAGAGGUGCUGAGAUAACACUGGUCUUUGAAAACACAAAUGUCAUUUGAUGCCAAAUUAUGCUUGGAGUUCUAGCUUUUGUAGAGAGUUUUUAAUUCUCAGCCAUUUUUAUUUAACAGUCCGUGAUCACAAGAAUUACAGAUUCUAGUUCUGUUAUUAAUAUUAUUAUUCAGUUAAAAAAAAAAGCUAAAGACCACAAAGUAUAUUAAGGUACAUUAUGUAAGAUCAGGAAUGAAGAUGAUUUCAGAUUUAAGUGGAACUAGUUCCACUGUAGUUCAAAUGAGAAAAUGUGCCGUAAUUGCAGAAUCGAAGAUUUUCCAGGUAGCAUCAAAGGAGGGAUCCUUAUUAUUUCACAAGUAGAAGAACCUCAAUAUUGUUACUGUUGUUGUGAAAUUAAUUACAUUUAAAAAACUGCACAUAACGCACAUUUUCCACCAGAAAAACUGACAACUAAUGAUUAACUGAAAUCAAGCUCAAAUUCAAAACAGACAAUUAAGGUAUUUAAGAAACUCUAAGUACUGAAAAUCCACUUCUUUUCUGUGAAGUCAAGUUUGAAUUCAUUCAAACUUGACUUUGUAGCUUCUUGUGUCCUAAACUCUUUAAAACACUCCCAGGGAUUUUUAAAAAAUCUUUGUCCAUUUAAUUUUCACACCAUUCAGACAAAGAAAGUACUGAGUUGUAAGAGGGCUGAAAUGUUGCAAACUGUAUGGAUUAAUAUUAACCGUAUGUCUGGAAAAAAAAUCUGCUUUCCCUUUAUGUUGCCCUUUGCAUCCAGAGAAGAAAGAUAUUUUUAUACCAAACAAAAAAAGCAGAAAAUAAGGAUAAGUUAGUUGGUCAGUCACAGCUUCAGGAGCAGGCAAAUGCCAUAAUCUUAUUUUCAUUAAACACUACCAGAACCAGCUGCAAUCCCUUUGUAGUAUGAAAUUUGAAGAGGGUUUCUUUUUUACUUCUAAGAUUCAAGCGUAAAGUUUAGUUUUCCUCACUCUAGUAAAACUAUGUUGUAAUUCCACGCAGUCGUCCACAAUCUGAUCGUUAAGUCCUCCGCUGCAAAAUACUGUUGCUGUACGGUCAAUGUAGUAAGGCCAGGAGGUAUAUGUGUUCUCAUUUAUUUUACCGUGUGUGAAAAAAUUUACUUGCUGUCUCAUGUGAACAUUCUCUUGAAAUUUCCUUUUUUUUAAAAUAUAAAUUUUGUAAGUUUUCUGCAUCUGUUGUCUUCAGUCAAUAUAAAUAUAUUUGUACAACA